CGCAACGCUCCCGUAAACACCUUAAAACACUCCCUUAAGAUGUUCGCCAUCGCCGCCGCCCCCGUCGUCCGCGCCGCCGCCACCGUCAAGGCCUCCAAGGCCGCGGCGAAGGAGCAGAAGUCUGCGUGCGCGCCCGCGCCCGUCUCUCGCGGCGUCGAUCGAUCGAUCGGAAAAACCGGCAUCGUCUCUCCGCGUUCUUAUCGCCCGCGACGAUUUUCCGCGUCUCUCGACGCGCGGACGGCGAACGUCUCCGCGGCGCGCGUCCGACGCGUCCGACGCGCCGCGCGCGCGCGAAGACGAUACCGACGUCCGCGUCCUCGCGAUUCGCGCGCGACGCGCGAGCGAUUCGCGCGCGUCGCGGCGCGGAGGAUCGCUCGGCGUCGCGCUCGCCGCUCGGAAAUCUUAAUGGUUUUUCUUUUUCCCGCGAGCCGAUCGGCCUCCGGACUUCCCGACCCUCGCGCUGACCCCCCCCCCCCUCCUCUCCUCCCUCCACAGCGCCAUGUCCUCCAAGGCUGCCGGCGCCGCCGCGGCGCUCUUCCUCCUCGCGAGCCCCGCCGCGCACGCGGACGGCCUCACGCUCCAAAACGGCACCAACCAGGCGCCGGGCAAAUACGAGCAGCCCUUCUACGACCCGCGCCCGGUGGUGAACGUCGAGAAGGACUCCUCCGCGGAGAUCGGCACGGAGAACUCCCGCGUCGCGCCGAACAAGCAGGUCGGCCUCAAGGCGUGCAAGACGAUCACCGGUCAGCCGUGCGAAGGCGCGUCCCAGAUCACGAUGCAGUGAGCGACGAGCGCCGCGAGAGACGGGCGGAGCGCGCGGCGGACGGACGGAAUUAG